AUGUCUGUCCCCGAGGAGCAGGACGAUUUCAUAUUUCGGCCGCAACAACAUUUAGACUCUAAAUGGCUAAAUCCUGACUUACAAGAGGCUCUUCAUGAUCCAGAGGCAUUAUGUUCUAUGUUUAACAGCUUAUUGCAAGACAGGGAAAUAUAUUUCGAUGCCAGAAACGGAUUGGUCAAUGGUGCUGGUAUUACGGCUAAACUUGGAGAUAGUGGAAAAUAUUAUUGUGGCUUAAGAAUCUUGACAUGUACUUGUUGUGAUGGUCUUUGUGGUCCUCACUCGGGAUGCGCAUGCACACCUUGCACAGCUCUUUCAACUGAAGAAGAAUUACGUGCCUCUAUUCAAUCAAAAAUUGUUGCACCACAACCCUCUCUUCAGGUUAUAGAUGAUAUAAAAUGGAAGCUAGAUCCAGGACCAGAAUGUCUGCAAAAUUUAAUGGAUUCUCUAAUUUGGGAGCAGCGUGUGAGAGCCAUCAACACUACUGUUAGUUGUCCAUUUAUAUCUCAAAUUCGCCGCCUAAUUGUUCUUUGUCAUAGACACCUUGUAGCUGUUAUAAGGGACCAUAAUAAUCAUAAAGAUGUAAAAAAGGUUACAUUGGAGAAAAAACCUCCUCAUGGUGUUAGCAAUAGAGCACUUAGUAAUGUGGUUAGUACCUUAAACAAGCAAGUGGAACUCUCAAGUGAAACUCAAGAGGAGACUGAUGAACAAACUGAAGAUUCUGAGAGUGCAUUCGGUCUAGCACGAGUAGGCGCGCGAGCUGCUUUACGUCUCGCUCUGUCGCUCGUACGACGCGCGUGGCGAUGUGGUGAAGAUGCAGACGUGUGUUCAGCUUUGCUGAAAGACGCUUUGGACGCAGUGCGAGCGUUACCUGACGCGGCACUAUAUGCGGGUGGUGGGCAGUUGAAUUCCAUCGCACAACAAGCACCACGCUCGCAGAAGAUAUGGGCGGAAGUGGUGGACAGUGCUGCCAAGUUCCUACAUCAGGUUGUUGCUGGGGAAGUAGGAUGCAACGUACCGCAAGGAGAUUGGCGUACGUCACUAUGUGUAUGGGUCGAGCUGUGUGCUCGCCGCGCUGAACUACCCGCUUUGUUGAAAGCAGCAGAUGUUCUCGUCACUUUACCACCAAAGCAGAAACGACAACCAGACAAUAGAAUUGUGCUAGAAGAAUGCACAGCGCCAUUAGGCCCUUUUCUAAGACGCAUGGCAAAAGUGAGCGCUCCUAAUCCAUUGAUCAAUAGUGAAUCAAAUGCAGAGAGUAAUCCAACAGAAGUGUACCUCAAGGAGCUAAAUAUCCCAAGUGGCGAUGGACUAAUGAGUGUAAAAAAAGCAGGAAUUGCAUUGCUCUGCCAUUUGGACAGACUCGGUGCUCCUUUAUUACCACCUUUGAAGGGAUUUGUCACCUGUACAGAGUCAGCGCAAGAAGUAGUAUCAGUUGGAUCAGGACUCUUGCAAUUGGGCAGUCUACGUAUACAACAAAUAGCGUGUGCUGAAAAAUUAGCCUUGCUAUUAAAUCAUGAUGGUGUUGUGUACACUAUGCCUUAUGAUAGUAUGACUCCGCAUCUGGUUCCAGGUCUAGAAAACAAGAUAAUAACACAAGUAGCGUGCCACCCGACCGGCCGCCACUACCUGUGCCGGUCGUCGUGCGGCGGCGCGUGGUCGUGGGGCGCGGGCGAGGACGGGCGGCUCGGGCACGGCGACACGGCAGCGCGCGACGCGCCGCAGCCGCUGCACCACCUCGCGCACCACGACGUCGUGCGCGUGGCCGCCGGGCAUGCGUGCAGUGCGGUGAUAACAUCACGAGGUGCCCUCUAUACAUGGGGGCGCGGCGCGCACGGCCGCCUCGGGCACGGCACCAUCGAGAGCUGCCUCACGCCACAACCGGUUUCCUUCAACGCACACAAUAUUGAACGCAUUAUAGACGUAGCUCUUGGGUGGGGCGAAGGGCAAACCCUGUGCUGCACGUGGGAGGGCGCGGUGCAGGUGUUCGGCGAGGGCGAGGCGGGGACGCCGCGCGCGCUGGCCGCGCUCGCCAUGUUCCGCGUCACGCGCGUGUACACCGGCGAGCACUGGCACGCCGCCUUGACUGAUGGUGGACAAGUCUAUACAUGGGGUAAAGGCGAUGGAUAUAGACUGGGACAUGGAAAUACGGAAUCAAUCAAAAUGCCUAAGUUAGUGGAAGCCCUACAAGGAAUAAAAAUAGUAGAUCUGUCCCUGGGUGUGUCGCAUGGUGUGGCGCUAUCCGCCGAGGGCGUGCUGUACGCGUGGGGCACGCAGGAGCGGGCGCAGAUAUCUAAUCAAAUUCCACAACCUUUGCAAGUGUUUAAUCCAUCAUUUAAAGCUAAUGGUGUCGCUAGUGGACCAUCUCAAGUAUUUUCAUGGAGUGAAGAAAACCCACGAGACCUACCUUCUUCUCUACCUUUCGUCAUUGACUUAUCAGAUAACACAUUUAAGUUCUUAGAAAGACUUCUAAGAAUUGUAGUGGAACAAAGUGGAACUGCCAAUAUAAGAGAUAAUGAAUGUUUAGCAAUCUCUUGUUUGAAUCUCCUUAGGUUACAAGUGCACGCAUGGCAAUGCGCCCGAGGCCCCGACAGCGUGGACGGCGAAGGCGCGGGCCGGCCGUGGUGCGCCGGCGUGCACGCCGCGCUAGUGGCGCUGGUGGAGGGGCGCGCGGGCGCCGCCGCCGCCGCCGCCGCGCGCCGCGCGCUGGCCGCCGCCUGGCCCGUGCUGCUGCCUACGCCGCAAGUGCGCGCGCAGCAUCUUAUUGCUUUGUUGCCGCAAGGUUCUGUACCAGCAAGUACCGGAGCUCGUUUUAUGACGGAGCUGUUAGUGUGGUCCUUGCUGGGCGGCGGCGGACUGAGAGAUGCCUUACGCAACGCCCUUCAAACACACUCAUCAGACGCGUACAACCAUUUACAAUUGGAUGAUGAAUAUGAUCAAAUUGAUAUAGUGACGGGACAGCGCGGGGUGCCAACCACAACUAUGUCAGAAGAUACCGAAACUAUUCAAGCACCUUGUGUGGAUGAAUAUCAAAUAAAUAAUAAUACUAUAAGUGGUGAAAGUGGAGCUUCGGUACCUUUAAUGCAUUUGGUGAAGCAUUUGAUACGAAAUACCAGUUGUCAGACUCAAAUGCAUAUAAAUUCUAUAAUGAAUGGUGACACUAGCAAAACCGAUGAACUCAAGGGUCAUGAUACUGUGAGUCCAAGUUGUGAUCUUCUCAUACGAUUUCAAAGGUUGCUAUUCAGUGAGGCGAUGUGGUCUCGCGGCGGCCGCGCCAGCCGCGGCGGCGUGCGCGCGCUGAUGGCGCAGUACGCCGCGCUGCUGGCCGAGCACGCGCACUCCACGCUCUGCUGCUUCGCGCAGGCCGUGCGGCGCGCGGACGACGCGCAGCUGGUGGAGCUUUGUGAUCUUAUUAGUGCUGAUAUUGUCGGUCGAGUGAUGAGCGAACUAGCAGUCUGGGUGUGCGCGUGCGCGGCGCGCUCCGCCAUAGCGCUGUCGGAGUGCGCGGCGGCGCUGGCGGCGGCGGUGCGCGCGUGCGACGAGGCGGCGCGCGCGCUGCCCGCCGCCGCGCGCCUCGACGCCGACCUGCUGGGCUGGCCCGGCCUCGUGUCGAAGCGGCACCAGCUUAAUAAUAGUGUUAUACGCAAAUGUGAUCUACAAAACCACACUAAAGAGGGUGGUUCGUGGAUAGUAAUAUCCGGGCACGUGUUCGACGUGGAGAAGUUCGAGUGUGAGAACGCGAGCACGGUGGAGUUGGUACGCAAGCUGCGCGGCUGCGACGCCACCGCCGCGCUCAGCGUCGACCCGCACGCCGCGUACCUCUCGCGCAUCACGGAAAAGUGCGUCGGCAUGUACGCCACGCAGAUAUACAGUCAUAAAUGUCACGAAAGCGCAUCCAGUUUAAGAGCACACCACAUACUGUCGUCGUGCGCGUUCCACCUAGCACUCGGGCUGUCGCAGUGCGGGUUGCGCUUGGCGCGCUCUCUGCCCACGCAGCAGGCGGAGAGAGAGGCCGCGCCGUACGCUACCGCUGUCUUCCUCAGAGGCGGACUUCAAACAUCACAACCAGCCAAUCCCUUCGAGGAAGAAAAGGCAGAAGCCCGAAGCGGCUCGUCCACAGGCGGCAACAGCCCCGCCAGCGACGCGCCGCAUCCGCUCGCCAACACGCUGCUGCCGCCACAGUCGCGCGCGCGCGGUUCACGGGUCAACGUCACCGUGUCGCCUAUGAAAGCUGAUAGCUUGCUGUUUGCUUUAGCUGAACCUAAGCUACAUGAUCCUCUAGCUUUACACCUGUGGUGGGCGUGUGAGCGUCGCGAAGGUUGUGCUCCGCAUUUUCCUCCAGAACAUCCACUUGAAGAACUGAGACGAGCAUUGUUGGCAGCUUUGCUAUAUCAUGCGGGAUUAAAAGAACAUGCUUUAGCAACUGCGACUGCAGAAAAAGAAAGAGGUGAAGUAAAACUGUCGCCAGCGAUGUCAGAAAUUGUGAAAGCUGUUCAACAAAGCAAGUGGACACUUAUGCGGACAAGACAGCAGUUAUCCAGGGGUUAUAAAGAGGUUUGCGCAGCUCCGUUAGAAAGAGCGAGGUUCCUUUUACACGAGGUAAGAGCAGCGAUAUCGCCCGCGGUGUCGGCGCUGCACUCCCGCCCGCCGUCGCGCCGCGAGCCCACCGCCAAGACAAUAUUCCAGAAAGUUAUGAGAAUGGCGAAGUCGCCUUCGUUUAAUAAGUGUUUUGAAACAACGAAAGAUCUACGAAAUAGACAGAAUAGUCUAAGCAAAAGUAUGCUGAAAGCAACGGGUAGUUUAUUGCAAGGAGAUGCUCUAUUAAUUAAAUCUACAAUAGGCACUCAAAGUAGCAAAAUAGAUGAGAAUCAAACUAUUAUUGUCGAACCGCCAAAAAUCCAUGCGAACUUAGAAGGAUCCAGUGACCCAAGUUCUAGAGAUGUGUGUAACAUACAAACUAAACCCAAACUGAAGCUUAAAGAGAAACCACUAGAGAAGGAAUUUAAAAAUGCUUGUAAUUUGGACGACAUGCGACAUGAAGGUCGAGGCGAUUUAAAACUUUCAGAGCGAGAUGAAAUAUAUGACAAAGACGACGAUAAGACGCCUACAAACGAGAUCUCAAUUAGUUCCAUUAAUGAAAUGACUGAUAAUUCGGUGUUCAAAGAAUCAUUGGAAAGCGAAAAACAAGUGUUGCUUUUGGCUGAUGAUUUGAAAAAUGAUCUUAUUGUUGCUGACGAGGAAAAAGAUGAUGAUAAUUCUGAACGAAAUAAGUUUGUAAAUGCAUGGGUGGCGAAACUAGCAUGUGAGGAAAAAGACUUAUAUUGGAUGUUAGAACAAGUGACUCCAGAACAACAAAGCUUGACUGCAGCUAUCAUUGACUUUGUUAUGACUGAAGAACCCUGUGAUAUUGAUAUUUUAAGACGGGCUUUGUAUUGCCAGGUACAAAGGGCGGAAAUCAGAAAAACUGGCUACUCAAUUAUAAAUAGUAUUCUACAUUCUUCUCAAACUUUAUCGGAGAGUGUUAAGUAUGCUGCACUCUCGGGUUUGCUGGGAGCUUCAAUGGCCGAUUCAGUACCAAACGCGCCAAUAAAACCUUCUAUGCCAAUGACCGUGCCUUUAGAGAACAUAGAAUCUGUGAUACCAUAUUUAAAAUACAUGGUCCUUUCAGAAAGAUCCAAGUUAAUGGAUUACGUCCUAAUCGAACUUAGAGCUAGGGUUCUCGAAGGUGAACAAAACCAACCGUUGCCGUUAAAAAUGAGCGCUAAUUAUGGCGCUCAUGCUUUACUCAAUAGACCUUCUAGAGCUAGAUUUCUCAUAACACUUUUGUCUUUGCUCAUGGAGGGUUGUCAAGGUCCAGAAUUGGAGCAGUUGAUCAAUGGUGGAGCAUUGAGUUCUUGUUUGACUUUGCUGAAACAAAUAGGAGGAGAUACAUCUCAACACACUUCCCUAAUAUGUAACGGAGUGAAAUCUAAAUCGGAAUGUUUGAUUAUUUAUGAGGAUGAAAGACUUGGAGCUCGUGCUAGAGGCGCCUCCCUGUCAGGACCCGAGCUAGCUUUACUUAUGAAAAUUGGUACACGUGUUGUUCGCGGAAAGGACUGGAAAUGGGGUGAUCAGGACGGUGUACCUGGAGGAGAAGGACGCGUGAUAGGAGAAGUGGGGGAAGACGGUUGGGUGCGCGUCGCGUGGGACGCGGGCGGCACCAACUCGUAUCGCAUGGGGAAAGAGGGGAAAUAUGAUCUCAAACUGGCCCGUUCGCCAUCUCCGCCUCCUUCAGUCGAUGAAACUAUACAAGGAAACGUAGAGAGCACAGUGGAGUGGUGGCCGGUGAGCGAGGUGCGGUGGUCGUGCACGGCGGCGGUGCGCGCGCUGUGCGCGGGCGCGGGGCGCGCGGGCGCGGUGGCGCGGCGCAAUGCGGCCGCGCUGCAACGCCGUCUGCUGGCGCUCGCGCAUGCGCACGUGGCGCCGCCGCCCACCGCCUUCGCGGGGAACACGCACACUGCCCUGGCGUUGUUGAGAACAAGUGCUCAAAGUCUGGAAAUGAGAGUAUCUCUAUGCACUGACUCUUGGUUCGAACUAUGCUACAGUAUUAUAUCGUCUACAGAUAAACCCAUUUCGCAAGAUAUGAUAUAUUUACAGAUCCAAUCCCUGUGGCUGUUACGGCGCGUGCUGGCGGAGCACGCGGGCGCGACGGAGUGGCGGCGCACGGUGACGGCGCAGCUCAUCGCGCUGGCGGGCCGCCUGUGGCUGGAGACGCACGCCGCCGACCCCGCACUGCGGCCGCACGCGCACGCGCACACCGCCGGCACGCCCGUGUCCAUUGAUGAGGAGGAGAUAGAUAACAGAUGGCGAGCGCCGGCCACAGCGAGCUACACGGGAGCAACGUGCGCGGCUGUCGUCAACCUCGUGCGCCAGCUGAACUCCGCGCCUCAGUGGCAUGGACCUAUCACUGCACUGCUCAUUGAGAAACUGCAACUGGCGGCGCAAAUGAUUACAAAUGAUUGGCACUGGUGGCCACAUACUAGUCAAGAUCUAACGCAAACUAUGAAACCAUCUCUGCCUUCGCUAAAUAGUUGCCUUAUAGCUGGAGCUUUAGGUGUGGUGGGAGGAAUGGAGUGGCGUAUUAGACUUGGACAACGCGUGUAUGCGGGAUCUCCGCCGAAGAACGCCAUCGUUACGCAACUAUCUUCCAGAGCAAAGAUUACAUUGGUUCACGAUGAUAAUACCUUUACUAAGGCUGACCUCAAUAGUGUGCAGAGUGCAGAAUGCGAGCGCUUGUCCCAAGCACUGGGUGGGGGCGAGAGCGCGCUACGCGUGUGCGCCGCGCUGCUCGGCGCCGGCCCGCAGGCCUCGCCGAUGCAUGCACAUCAUUUACCAGCCGAAAUAGACGUUUACGGACUACGUCGUCAACAAAUGGAAUUGCUUACAUUGUGUGCCGUGAGAGGACUGCUCACUACUAGAACUCGUUUAAGAAAAGUGUUAAUGCAACCACCGGAUAAUGGCGGUUCAUUAGAAAGAGGCGCAACACUCGGCACAGAGGGCACGCUGCUGCGCCGGCUGCUGUCGCUGGCGACGCGGCCGAGCCCGCUGGCGGCCGCGCACUCGCCGAAGGACCUCGCGGCGGCCGCCCUCUCCAUAGUGCAGCAGUUGGCCGCGCAUGUUGCCGGAGAUGAAAAAGAUUUUGAAUCUCCGCCGGAAAUACCCAUUAUUGACAAGAGUAACGUUAUGCAAGUGUCUUUGGGACCAUCUACUAGUACAGCCUCAUUGUCUCGAAAAGAUCUAAAUACCUGGGCCAAUUCCUCGCAAGUUCAGCAAGUGAUAGAAAUGGGCUUUUCUAGACACGCAGUGUAUGGAGCUAUUCAAACGCUAGGUGGUACAAGUUUACCUUCAGUUGAAACUCUGAUCGGGCAUCUGCUAGAGCUGCCACAACAACGCUCUGGUGAUUCAGUGUUCGAAGUGAAGCCCACCUCGUCUAAACAAGAGAAGAAACAGACGCCGUAUCGCUGGCGCAGUUGCUUCGCGUCAGAGGACGAGUACGCUCAGUACUUAUCCGAUAUAAUAUCACCCGGGUUGACUGUCAGAUGUUGUAAGGCAUAUGAAAGUAUUGCGUUAGGAGAUGUCGGACAAGUUCAAAAAGUUGAACGCGAUAUAAAACAAAAUGUAUUUUUACACGUUGAAUGGCGCGGGCUGGGGCGCGUGUCGGGCAUCCGCGCGCUGCACGCGGAGGUGGUGUCGGGCGCGCCGCCCUUCGCGGCCGGCGACCGCGUGCGCGUGCGCGCCGCCGUCACGCAGCCGCGCUACAAGUGGGGCUGCAUCGACCACACUAGCAUCGGCACUGUUACAGCGAUAUCCAGCAAUGGACGCGACUUAACAGUUGAUUUUCCUCAACAACCCGGCUGGACUGGACAAGUUAGUGAAAUGGAAUUAGUGACUGAUCAAUCGGAAUGGGGAGAGAGUGCAGGCGGAAGUGCGGUGGGCUGGCGCGGUGCGGUGAGGGCUGUUCGUGUGUCGUCGUGCAGGCCCGGCGCCGGCGCGCGCCGUCUGCUCGACUCGCAACCUCAUACAUACUGGCAGAGUUCUAGUGGGACUGGACAGCAUUGGAUCCGCGUAGAGAUGCGUAACGGUGUACGCAUCCGCCGGCUGGGGCUGGGCGUGGCGGGCGGCGCGCACGGGCCCGCCGCGCUGUCCGUGCGCGUGGGCGUCUCCUUCGAGGAGUCGGCCAUGGCGUCGCUCGCCGCCGUGCCCUGCACGCCGCCGCCGCCCACGAGGGACAGACCGCCCACUCAUUUGGCUCAAAUACAACUUCUCUCUGAUUGUAAAAUAUAUUAUCCGUGCAUCGAAAUUGGAAUAAAACAAAAUCGAAACGUAAACGCUGACUGUCGAGUACACGGACUAUACAUCACAGGCUUUAGACCCAAUCCGAUGUAUACUGAAAUAUUAUCGAGUAUGAAUUUCGUAGCAGAAGAUUGGAUGGAAAAAGACACUCCAACGGGUGCUGUCAACGCUGAUAACAAUCCUCCAACUUUGCCAAAUGACUGUCCAAAGGUGUAUGUAUGGGGCUUAAAUGACAAGGAUCAAUUGGGCGGAGUAAAGGGAUCCAAAGUAAAAGUACCAGUUUUCUCUCCAGUGUUAAGCGCAUUACGCCCACUUCACAUUGCUGGUGGAUCGAAAACCUUAUUUGUUGUAUCACAUGAUGGAAAAUUAUUCGCAUGCGGGGAAGGCACUAACGGCAGGUUGGGUCUGGGGCACAGUAACAACGUGUCCACGCCGCGCGCGAACCCCUACCUGUCGCACGUGCUGGUGCGGCGCGUCGCCGUGCACUCGGGCGGGAAACACGCUCUCGCACUUACUGCCGAUGGGAAGGUUUAUUCGUGGGGUGAAGGUGAAGAUGGCAAGCUUGGACAUGGGAACCGUAUCACUUUAGAAGCCCCGCGUUUAAUAGAAUCGCUGUCAGGGGAACGGGUAGUCGACAUCGCGUGCGGGUCCGCCCACAGUGCGUGCGUGACUGCGCGAGGACACUUGUACACUUGGGGACUGGGGGAAUACGGAAGAUUGGGCCAUGGAGAUGAUAUUACGCAGCUGUUGCCAAAGAUGGUCGAGGCGUUAGCGGGCUUCAGAGUGAUACAAGUUGCGUGUGGCUCUCGGGACGCUCAGACAUUAGCACUUACAGCGUGCGGGAAAGUGUUCUCGUGGGGAGACGGCGACUUUGGUAAAUUAGGGCGAGGUGGUUCAGAUGGAUGUGCUGUACCCAUGAACAUAGAGAGACUGAAUACGCUUGGAGUUGUACAAGUAGAGUGUGGAGCGCAGUUCAGCUUGGCAUUAACGAGAGAUGGAGAGGUGUGGACGUGGGGCAAGGGCGACUACUUCCGGCUGGGGCACGGCUGCGACGCGCACGUGCGCCGCCCCACCAUCGUGGAGGCGCUGCGCGGCCGCCGCGUCGUGCACGUCGCCGUCGGUGCACUGCACUGUCUAGCCGUUACUAGUGAGAACCAGGUAUGGGCGUGGGGCGACAACGACCACGGUCAGCAAGGCAACGGCACGACGUCCGUGAACCGGCGGCCGGCGCUGGUGGCGGGCGUGGAGGGCGUGCAGCGCGCCGCGGCCGGCUCGUCGCACUCGGCGGCGUGGGCCGUGCGCCCCGCGCUGCCGCGCGACGUGCCCGCGACGCACGUCGCGCCGCUGCCAUUCCCCACGCUCAAGGAUCCGCUCGGCGCGCAUAGCCUCGGUCUCUACUCAGACGAAGCACCGGUAGAGGAACCGCAAGGCACGCGGCCCUCACUCGCGGCAUCAGCGCUCGCACUAGAGCCGCCUGUAGCUGUGCAACACGCACUCUCUCUUAUACUCUUAGCUUUGCAUAUAACACAGGCGCGCACUCUCUUAGUAGAAGCAUUGCGGGCACACGAAGCGUGCUCUACAGCGGCCCCGGUAGUGGUCGGUAUGGACUCUGAAGACGACGACGCGGAGACCGAUGCCCGCACUGGAGGAGGAGAGGCGCCGGCUGAUAGAGCUACUCUACCUAGCGGUGCAAGCAGUCCUCUGAGUGGGUCCAUAUCGUCGCGUCACUCGGCCGUCAUGUCUUCGAGCGCGGUGUCCGUUGCAGCGGCUACUAUGACCGUACAACAAGCUGAGGCCCCAAAAUUGGCGUUGGAUGAUUUCACAUCUCAGUUAGGAGAGUCCGACGCGCGCGCUUUAGUGGAUCUGCUGAAGCUGGCUGCGGCCGGCCGCGUUCCUGACUCCAGCAAUGCCAUCAAGGUCAUCACGGAUGUGUUGAUGGCACUAUGUGCAAGCAAACCAGCGGUCGCGGAUAUGGUGGUAGAAGUGUGCGUGUGCGAGCUGGAGGAGGCGGCCGCGGGCGGGAACAGGGCGCCGCCGCACCCCGUCACUGUGGACAGUCCGCAUCCGUAUGCGGAUGAUACGGAUAUAUCAGGUGUAGUUAAAAUCCCCGGCGCAUCGUCCCUCCGGGUGACAUUCGAACAAGGCUGUUCCACUGAGAGGAGGAACGAUCCUCUCACAAUAUCGGACAGUGCUGGUAGAGUGCUGGCGACUCGCUCUGGCAGGGAGCCGGCUGAUUGGGCGCAGGAAAUUGUCGUUAAUGGUGAUGAAUUACGAUGGAGAUUUACUAGCGAUGGUUCGGUUAAUGGCUGGGGAUGGCGUUUCACUGUUCACCCUAUACUUCCAUCUCACUCCAAUAUGGAAAGUGGCACGGAUAGAUACAUACUGUCAUGUCCAUCAGUAGAACUAGCAUGGCGCCUUUUAGACGGACCGUUGCUGACAGCGAUAUCGAACGACCACCAGCUAGCGCCCAGACUAGCACAAGCGUUAGCUAUUUGCGCACAAAUGCCUACUCUGUCGUGGCGAGGGCGUGUGUGGUGCGUGCGGCGGUUGCGCGGCGUUGUGUGCGGCGCGGGCGAGGGCGUGGCGCCGCCCGCCGCGCUGCACGCGCUGCCGCAGCUGCUGCACGCGCAGUACGACCACGAAGAGUCCGCGCUGCGCACCGGCACGCAUCUCCUGCACACGCACUACCUUAAGGAGCUGGCGUGGCUAGCGUGCGGGCUGCGCGUGGACGCGCGCGUGUGCAGUGGGCCGGACGCGGCGCGCUGGGCAUGGUUCAAGCGCUACUGCCUGUGCAUGCGCACCGCCGACGCGCUCCUGCGCCGCACGCCCUUCCCCGCGCCCUUCCUCUCCGACGUCAGGAAGAGAUUGGCGGACCUCGGCGUAUACAAUGCGGAUGAGAGCACGGAAGUACACAACUCGUGGGAAGAUAACACUAAGUUUACCAGGCAGCAUGAUGAACAGCUAUUACAUUGGGUGAACAAGCGACCAGAAGAUUGGUGUGGUUGGUGGAUAAGCACAACGCAAGCUUGUUCAGUGUAUGGUUGGGGCCACAACCAUAGGGGACAGCUGGGAGGUGUAGAGGGUGCUAAAGUACGAAACCCCGCACCAUGUGUCGCCUUAGCAGCCUUGAACCCCGUACUCAUUGUAGGAGGAGAACAAACUUUGUUCGCUGUUACGCCCGAUGGAAAGGUCUACGCGACUGGUUACGGCGCGGGCGGGCGACUGGGUAUCGGUGGUAUAGAUUCCGUCGCACAACCAACGCUGCUAGCAUCUAUCCAACACGUAUUCAUUACUAAGGUGGCUUGUAAUUCUGGCGGCAAGCAUUGCUUGGCGUUGUCCGCUGAUGGUGAAGUCUAUAGCUGGGGUGAAGGAGAAGAUGGAAAAUUGGGUCACGGUAAUAGAGUAAGCUACGAUCGUCCCAAAUUAAUAACAGCGCUGUCGGGUCUAGAAGUGGUGGCCAUAGCGUGCGGCGGCGCUCACUCCGCAUGCCUCACGGCGCGUGGCCGUGUCUACACGUGGGGCAAGGGGCGGUACGGACGGCUGGGGCAUGGCGACUCGGAGGACCAACUUGUGCCUAAAUUGGUGGAAGCGCUGUCAUCGUAUAGAGUAAUAGAUGUAGCAUGCGGCUCCGGCGAUGCACAGACUUUAUGCAUCACAGACGACGACAACGUGUGGUCUUGGGGAGAUGGUGAUUAUGGAAAAUUAGGUCGCGGAGGAUCGGAAGGCUGUAAAUUACCAAUGAGAAUAGACUGCUUAAAGGGACUACGUGUUAUCAAAGUAGAGUGCGGCUCACAGUUCUCAGUAGCACUGUGUCAGUGCGGCAGUGUGUAUACAUGGGGUAAAGGCGAUUAUCACAGAUUAGGUCAUGGCAGCUAUGAACAUGUGCGGCGACCAAUGAGAGUUACAGGAAUGCAGGGGAAAAUGAUAGUUUCCAUUGCCACAGGAAGUCUACACUGUGUCGCCUGCACAGACACAGGCGAAGUCUAUACGUGGGGGGAUAAUGAUGAAGGUCAAUUAGGUGACGGGACGACAUUAGCGGCGCAAAGGCCUAGACUUCUUAUUGCAUUACAGGGCAAGCGCGUGACGCGCGUGGCGUGCGGCAGCGCGCACACGGUGGCGCUGUGCGUGGAGGCGCAGCGCGCGCCGCGCCCGCCGCCGCCGCCGCCGCUCGAGUGCCAUCUGCUCAGAGAUCUGCCGCAGAACUUGAUAUGCAAUAGACUGGUACUUUUACAUCAAUUUUCUGAAUUAGUCUGCCCCAACUUGCCGCUCCUUAUACUGGAUGAACCUUUAGACCAACUUCGGAAUUUAUUAUUUUAUAGUCUAAAAGAAGGUGCUUUCAGAAAGGCAAUAAUGGCGACGAUGGUGCGCGACCGGCAGCACGGGCCGGUGGUGGAGCUGUCGCGCGUGGCGGCGCGGCGCGCGCGGCGCGGCGGCGGCGGGCUGGCGGGCGCGCACGGCAUGCGCUCCGUGUUCGGCCAGAUGGUGGCGCGCCUGCCCGCGCUCACGCAGGACGCGCUCGCGCUGCCGCACCGCGUGUGGAAGGUCAAGUUCAUAGGCGAGAGCGUGGACGACUGCGGCGGCGGCUACAGCGAGAGCAUAGCGGAGAUGUGCGAGGAGCUGCAGAACGGCUCGCUGCCGCUGCUGAUGGCGACGCCCAACGGCCGCGGCGACGCCGGCGCCUCGCGCGACGCCUUCCUACUCAACCCCACCGCUAAUACGCCGCUGCAUCUCAACUGCUUUAGGUUCUUAGGAGUGCUAAUGGGCAUAGCGAUCCGCACCGGGUCGCCGCUGUCGCUGUCGCUGGCGGAGGGCGUGUGGCGGCAGGUGGCGGGGCAGCCGCUGCGCCCGCAGGACCUCGCCGAGGUCGACAAGGACUUCCUGCCCGCGCUGCUCUGUAUACGGGAUAUGACGCCGCAUAACAAGGAGUUACAAAAUCUGGAACUACCAUUUUCAAUACCAUCGGCUGCCGGAUACGAAGUUCCUCUUUCAACAAGACAUAAGAGAGUGACGCCAGAUAAUAAAGAUGAAUAUGUACAAUUGGCUCUUCAUUACAGGCUGCACGAAUUCGACGAGCAAGUAAAGGCAGUGAGGGACGGCUUGUCGCGCGUGGUGCCCGCGCCGCUGCUGGCGCUGUUCAGCGCGGCCGAGCUCGAGACGCUGGUGUGCGGCUCGCCGGACAUACCCGUGCACACCUUGCGGGCCUCCGCUACAUACAAAGGCAUAGAGCCCAACGCGCCCCUCGUGCAAUGGUUCUGGGAGGUGAUGGAGGAGCUGUCGGGCAGCGAGCGCGCGCUGUUCCUGCGCUUCGUGUGGGGCCGCACGCGGCUGCCGCGCGCGCCGCAGGACCCGCGCCAGAGGGACUUUGUGCUGCAGGUACUCGAUAAAUAUCAACCACCAGAUCACUUCUUGCCAGAGAGUUACACGUGUUUCUUCCUAUUGAAGAUGCCAAGAUAUUCCUGUAAAUCGGUUUUACGAGAAAAACUGAGAUACGCAAUCCACUUCUGCAAAAGCAUCGACACGGACGAGUACGCGCGCGUGGCCCUCAGCGCGGCCGAGCGCGUGUCCUCGGAGGAGUCUGACUCCGAGGGAGACGGGGCUCCGCCCUCCGCGCCGCCGCCCGCGCUAUACUCCUUCGCACGACUACCCAUGUGGAUA